AUGAGGAUUGAGAACUGCUCUUUUUGCGGUGCGCCCGUCUACCCUGGUCACGGCCAAGUCUUUGUGCGCAAUGACUGUAAAAUAUUUCGUUUCUGUGCCUCCAAGUGCCGCAAAAACUUUGGUAUGAAGCGCAACCCGAUGAAGCUCAAGUGGACCAAGACAUUCCGCAAGGCGAACGGCAAGGAACUUGCGGUGGAUAGCACGAUGGACUUCGAGCAGCGUCGUCACGUACCCGUUAAAUACAACCGGGAGCUUCUGCAUAACACACUCAAGGUUAUGAGGCGUGUUGAGAAGAUAAAAGACCAGCGGAAGGAGGCGCUGUGGAACCACCGCAUGGAGAAGGCACGCGUGCAGGAACGCCGCGACGCUGCAGUUGCGUUGAAGCACAACAUCGAUUGGAUUGAGGAUAGCGAGGUGAAGCACAAGGCGCGGGACGACUUGGUGGCAAUCCAGCAGGAGGCCGAUGCGAAGCGUGAUCAGCGCCGUGAGGCUGCUCGUAAACGUGCGCAGAAGCGAAGGGAGAUGGAGAGGGCCGCAGGCGUUUCGCCCCUCACCUCAGUGAAGAAGCGGCACUAA